AAACAGUCCAAACAUCCUUCUUCCCUCUCCCUUUUUGUCUUCAACCUUUUCUCUCUUUCUCUAAUGGCACUUGUUCUUCCCCAACCUCCCACUUCCACCUCCACCUUAACAUACCUAUUUCCUCUUCUUUUCAUUCUUUCCCUCCAACACCACACAGCCUCUUGUGCCCUUCUACUAAGCCUAAGACACCACCACAACUUCCUCCACCAGCAGAAACCCAUGAUCCAUGCCAACCAAACUAACUGUGCAUUGUUUGCUGGAACCUGGGUUCAGGAUGACUCUUACCCUCUUUAUCAAUCCUCUAACUGCCCCAUCAUAGAUCCACAGUUCAACUGCAAAAUGUUUGGACGCCCAGAUUCUGAUUACCUCAGAUACAGAUGGAGGCCCCUCAACUGUGAGCUCCCAAGGUUCAACGGGGAGGAGUUUCUGCUGCAAAUGAAAGGAAAAACUGUGAUGUUUGUGGGUGACUCACUUGGGCGCAACCAAUGGCAGUCACUGAUUUGUAUGAUAUCUGCUGCAGUUCCUCAGACACAAACACAAUUGGUCAGAGGAGAGCCUCUCACAAACUUCAGAUUCUUGGACUACGGUGUGACCAUUUCAUUUUACAGGGCUCCCUAUUUGAUGGAAAUUGAUGUGGUCCAAGGGAAGAGGAUUCUGAGGCUGGAGGAGGUCGAUGGGAAUGGUGAAGUAUGGAAGAGUGCUGAUGUGCUUUCUUUUAACACUGGACAUUGGUGGGAGCAUAUAGGGUCCCUUCAAGGGUGGGAUUAUAUAGAAUUAGGAGGCAAAUACUACCCAGACAUGGAUCGUUUAGCAGCUUUGGAAAGGGGUAUGAGAACAUGGGCUAACUGGGUGGACACCAAUAUUGACAGAAGCAGAACCAAAGUGUUCUUCCUUGGAAUUUCUCCUUCACAUACCAACCCAAAUGAAUGGAAUUCUGGAGUGACAGCAGGGCUAACUACAAAGAAUUGCUAUGGUGAAACUACCCCAAUUAUUAGCACUGGAACAUCAUACCCUGGUGUGUACCCUGAACAGAUGAGGGUUGUGGAUAUGGUAAUCAGAGAAAUGAGCAACCCUGCCUAUCUUCUUGACAUCACAAUGCUAUCAGCAUAUAGGAAGGAUGCACACCCCUCAAUUUAUAGUGGUGAUUUGAAUCCUCAACAAAGAGCUAACCCUGACAACUCAGCAGAUUGUAGCCACUGGUGUCUUCCUGGAUUGCCAGAUACUUGGAAUCAACUAUUCUACACUGCUUUGUUCUACUAAAUUUUGUGGUUUGCUAGCUAACUAAUUAACACAUCUUCACUGUUUUUAUGAUUAUUAUUAGUAGGUAAUGCAUUUAUUGCAUUAUAGCAGCAACUGCUUCAUAUGUAAAGAUAUGCUAAUUGAAUGAGAGAAUUUUUUAUUUGUUUUAAAAUUUUUAGGAAGAAAAGUCUACCUUAUCAAAUGUAACCUAUCAAUUAUGAAACCUCCACUUGGUCAAUUCUUUGAAAUUACAUAAAGAGUUUUCUUUGUUCCA